CCUCCCCCGCCCCGCGCGAGCCCCAGGUCCAGGCAGCAGGUGAGUGGCGGUGCCAUCAGACCCGCGAAGGUGAGUGGAGGCCGCUGUCCUCCCAGGGCCGCUCCAGGCCUGGAGUCGGGGGCCGCGGCGCUGCUUGUCCCUGGGCGCGGUCUCUCAGGAAGCGGCUCGGAGCCAGGGAGGCUCCCGCGUCGCCCGGAAGCCCGAGCUCGCCCGCGUCCUGGCCCCUUCCAGACCUGGGGAAAGGAGGGACAGUGGGCGAAGCGGGCCGGGAGCCCUUUCCUCUGCCCGACCCCCGCGCAGGAGGACAGAGCGGGCCGAAGCGCGCGGGGAAUCCCAGCUCCGUCCCCCAAGCCUGGAUCCCGGCUCCAGACGUCCUACGGCGCCGAGGGCGACCCAGAGUCAGGCUGGGGCCGGAGCUCGCCGGGCGCCGGGUGGAGCUUCCGCCAUCCGCGCGCCUGUGCCCGGGCGAGCGCCCCGAGCCGCCCCCGUGCGUGUCCCGGUCCCUCCACUCUCCGCACCUGAAGGGGCCGGGAAGGGGAGCGAGAUGCGGCCCUCGGCCUGCGGGGCCGCUGCCUCCUGCGCAGGUUCCCGCUUCAGGGCAGGCGCGCGGGGCCCAGCGCGCACCGGGAGCGGAGCGGCGGCGCGUUCGGGCUGCGCGGGAGUCGCGCUCAAGCUGCAGGGCGCUGCGCGCACCGAGGACGCUGGUUGGGUCUGAGGGUGGGAGGAGCUGGCGCUUUCUGAGACCCUCAGGGUGCCCGGCAGAGCGUGGUGGGCAGUGCGAGGCCGCCAGGGCCAGGCUGGGACUGAGAUUCCCAGCCCCAAGCGGCUGAGGGCAGGGCCAGGGGCCAAAGGAGACCCGAUUCCGUGGGCAGUACCAGCCAGCAGUCACUGGGUCUCCAGUCCGAGGUCAGCCUGGGGGUGUCCGUGUGGUGACAACGGAGAGGCCGUCUGCCCCCAUCUGCUCUGAGCCAGGAGCCUUGGCCAGCUGUGUUUGCUCCUUAUCUGGAAAAGGGCGCACUGCCCUUAGCACCCCAGCCUGAAGGGAAGGUCCAGACUGCUCAUCCCCUGGGGGCCCCUGCCCGGAACAGGGACAGGAAGAGGGCCAGAGAACCCUGUUGGAGCCCCGGGGUUGGCUUGAAGUUCCGGAAAGGCCCUGUCCCCUGGGGUCAGAGGUCAGAGACGCAUGGGGGAGCAAAGCAGCUGGCCCCUUGGCUCCUGAAUGUGACCCCUAGUGCUGACUGGGAAGCACAAUGCAGACGGCGCAGCCCCGUCCCCCCCGCGUACAUGCACAAUGGCCCUGGCUGCGUUCUCCGUGCCAGGAGGACGCCCCAUUAUCCCUGGAACCUGCCCCUUUGAGCACCCUCCCAGCCCCCAACAUACACACACACACACACACACACACACACACACACACACACACACUGCACAGAGGAAAAUGCCAUGCCUGGGUUGGUUGGGGUGGGCCCCAGAGGAAGGAGCCGCUUGACUCAGAGCUACAGGAAGAGCUGGGGCAGGCGGGGCAAGAACCACCACUGCCCGCCCGCCCGCCUAGGGAAGGGGUGGGUGCCUGGGUGGGGUUUAGGUUUAGGAGAGGAUGUGACUGCAAGGCCAGGAAGCUACAGGCAAAGUUCUGAUGAAAAUACACAUAAACACACGCCAGGUCCUCACGGUGCUCGGCGAUGCAUCCGGGGCAGCCUAGGUGCUGUGGACACUCCCUGGGGCCCAGCGGAGGGGACCGUUCGCUCCCAAAGGCACAUCCAUGACCAACAUUCCCCCAUCCCCAGAGAGAAGAACUGGAAUCAGCCUCUGACCCAUCCAGGUGCUCUGUCCAGCUGACUGCAAGCAGAGAGGAAUCCUGCCCAGCUCUUGGAUCAGGCUGCUUCGCCGAGGAGCCCUGUGGAGCUGGGGGUGGCCCCGGAGCUCACCUUGCCCUGAGGAGGCCCUGGCUCAGAGCCAUGCCAGGUGUCUGCAACAGGGCCCCUGACUUCCUCUCCCCAGCUGAAGACCAGGUGCUGGGGCCUGCCUUGGGCAGCUCAGUCACUCUGAACUGCACGGCUUGGGUAGUCUCUGGGCCCCACUGCUCUCUGCCUUCAGUCCAGUGGCUGAAAGAUGGGCUUCCACUGGGAAAUGGGGGCCACUACAGCCUCCAUGAGCACUCCUGGUUCAAGGCCAACUCAUCAGAGGGGUUUGUGUCCAGUGUCCUGGGGGUCAACGUGACCAGCGCUGAGAACUAUGGGGCCUUCACCUGCUCCAUCCAGAACGUCAGCUCCUCCUUCUUCACUCUUCAGAGAGCUGGCCUUGCAAGCCACGUGGCUGCGGUGCUGGCCUCCCUCCUGGUCCUGCUGGCCCUGCUGCUGGCCGCCCUGCUCUACGUCAAGUGCCGUCUCAACGUGCUGCUCUGGUACCAGGACGCGUACGGGGAGGUGGAGAUGAACGACGGGAAGCUCUACGAUGCCUACGUCUCCUAUAGCGACUGCCUGGAGGACCGCAAGUUCGUGAACUUCAUCCUGAAGCCGCAGCUGGAGAGGCGUCGGGGCUACAAGCUCUUCCUGGAUGACCGCGACCUCCUGCCGCGCGCCGAGCCGUCCGCAGACCUCCUGGUGAACCUGAGCCGCUGCCGGCGCCUCAUCGUGGUGCUCUCGGACGCCUUCCUGAGCCGGGCCUGGUGCAACCACAGCUUCCGGGAAGGCCUGUGCCGGCUGCUGGAGCUCACCCGCAGACCCAUCUUCAUCACCUUCGAGGCCCAGAGGCGCGACCCCGCGCACCCCGCGCUCCGCCUGCUGCGCCAGCACCGCCACCUGGUGACCUUGCUGCUCUGGAGGCCGGGCUCCGCGACUCCUUCCUCCGAUUUUUGGAAAGAACUGCAGCUGGCGCUGCCGCGGAAGGUGCACUACAGGCCAGCGGAAGGAGACCCCCAGACGCAGCUGCAGGACGACAAGGACCCCAUGCUGAUUCUUCAAGGCCGAGUCCCGGAGGCCCGGGCCCUGGAAGAGGGCGACCUGGGUGUCCCGGGGCCUGUCUUUGGAGAGCCAUCAGCUCCACCGAGCACAGGUGGGGUCUCGCUGGGAGAGGGCCGGGGCAGCGAAGUGGAUGUCUCGGACCUCGGCUCGAGAAACUACAGUGCCCGCACAGACUUCUACUGCCUGGUGUCGGAGGAUGAUAUGUAGCCCCCACUCAGUGCAAGAUGUUAAGGACAGCGGGUGCCAGGGCAGGGGGGUCGUUCCUCCGCUCAGCAGGACUGCAAUCCCUGUCUGCAGCCCUGGGACCCUCAGGGCAAGGCUGUGGUCCCAGCGCCCCUCCCAGUACCAGAAAAUAAAGAAAGUCCUUUUGGAUUC